UUUGGUACAAACUGCACAAAAAUGGAUGACAAUGUUGAAAAUUUAAAUAUACAAACUAAUUAGUUCUGCGAUAUCCGUUCAAGUGUAACAAACGCUGCACACACGCAUGAAAUGUAGAAUUUCUGGUUACAAUAUUAAUUAGGUGAAAUGAUAGCAAGAAUAAUCGUGCCCCUAUUUUCGACCUUGCUUGCGGUCGCCGAUUAAGACUCCGGGUCGUAACGUGGCGAGAGUAAUUUUUAUCAGUUUUCUCUUGGCGAUUCUCGGUAAAUAAAUCAUAACCGUGCCGCAUUGAGUUACAAGUAUCGUUACUAGUAAGAAUGCCGGAGUUUUCGCGUCGUCGUACCAUGCGUAUAUUUCGCUUGGGGUUGCUAAGUCUGUUUUGCGUCUUGAUUUCGGCGGAAUUAACCAGUGCUAAAGGUGGGCACGGUGGGCACGGCGGGCACGGCGGGCACGGUGGUAGCCACAGUAGCCAUGGAGGAGGCUUUCACGGUGGCAGUAGUCAUGGGGGAUCGCACAUCAGCUCCCAUGGAUCUUUCCAUGAAUCUUCCCAUGGAUCAUCAGACGAUUUCACGGGUUCAUCUGGAUCGAUUCACCAUCAUUCAUAUGGUUUCCAUGGGCGCAAUACCCUGAUAUCCUCGGGCCACGGCCAAAAUAAUUAUGCCGCUAAUCCCGCCACAGUUACGAGUACGGAACCUCCGGCUAAGAAACGUCGCAUCUCUUGGAAGUUUGGACACUUUGACGAUCCGCAGGUGCCACCCACGUCCUUGGUAUUCGCCUCGGCGCAGCGGGAAAACGAAAAAAUUCAUCAUCAGGAUAAGUCGGUGGAUAAUAAGGGAAAAAUGCCGGACUGGGCCGGCUCGGCUUACAAUCGCAAAUUAUUGCUCCCCUCCCAGCGCGAUUAGGUGAUGGCACUGCUCUGGAGGACAAGGAGGAGGGACAGAGCCAUCGGUAGUUGGAUCGCUGAACUGAUAUAAUGAUCACCGGAUGUUGACCUCCUGACCGAGGCGCUAUUUUUUGAAAUCGUAUCUGUCUAAGCUGCAGAGAAAUGAAUAUUGUGGCAAAAUUGGUAGAAUCGUUAUGUGGUAUGCGACAUCCAACUUCAUAUCCACAUACUGCAAUAAUGGAUAUAUUUAAUUAAUUUUAUCACACAUAGUAGUAACUGCUUAAAUAUUGUACUAAUAUAAUGGUAUACAUA